AUGAGAUCAAAUUAUAACAAAAUUGCUUUGAUUUCAAGAAACAAGGUUCAGACAUUUUUCUUUUUCUAUCGAUCAACUAACACGUACAUUAAGACUAUGAGACUAUAUGAUAAGUUUAAGACUGCAAUUAUUGAAGAACAACAAGAAGAUGUUGAACAAACAACUACGUAUAUCAACACAUUCACUCCAAAGAAAUUAGCCCAAUUGGGAUUGGGUAUAAUUAACUUACAAAUUGCCAAUAUUCGUACAGGUUUAGGUGGGAAAACGAUAUUGGAAUUGCAAUUGGAUCCAGGGUUUUCAGCCACAGAUGAGAUCAAUACAUCAACUUUAAGAACUGGGGAUAUAGUAAGGUUGUCGAGAAUGUCAUCAAGCAAACCAGAUAAAAAACUGAAGAAAGACGGUGAAGAAUCAACAUCUGACGGAAUAGAUGCAGUUGUAUUGAAAGUCACAACACAAGCCAUUUCAAUCUCGGUGGAUGAAGCAAAUGAUGAUUCUAAAGUAUUACAGUAUUAUAAUAACACCAACGAUCAAAAUUCAAGAAUGUGGUUGGUCAAAUUAGCUAAUUCAAUAACUUAUAAGAGAAUGUUGAUGUCCAUGGAUAAAGUCAAUGCACUUGAGGAUAAAAAUGAUAUUCAUAGAAUAUUGUUGGGCGAAUCAAAAUAUAUUCCAAAACCAACAAGUAAUCUCAAAUUGGAAUUUAUCAAUGAUCGAUUGAAUGACUCACAAAAGGAAGCAAUUGAUUUUGCAAUUAACAAGUCAAACAUAACAAUCAUUCAUGGCCCUCCUGGUACUGGAAAAACAUACACUUUAAUAGAAUUGAUCCAACAAUUGACAAAUAACCUUGGAGAGAAAGUUUUGGUAUGCGGACCAUCCAAUAUUUCUGUUGACACAAUAUUAGAACGUCUACAUGAUAAGUAUAAGAAACCAGAGAAGCUAAUAAGAAUGGGACAUCCGGCAAGAUUAUUACCAGGAAAUUUGGCACAUUCGUUGGAAAUUUUAUCAAAGAGUUAUGGUCAUGAUGUUAUAAAGGAUAUUGAAAAGGACAUUCAAAGUACUUUAUCUCAAAUCAAGAAAUGCAAGAGAUAUGCCGAGAGAAAGGCAUUGUAUCAAGAAUUGAAAUUGUUGAGGAAAGAGCUUAAACAAAGAGAAAAGAAAAUUGUAGCAGAGUUAUUGCAACAAAGUCAAGUUGUGAUUUCUACAUUACAUGGGGCAGGGUCAUUUGAUUUGAAAGGCGUGUCAUUCGAUACCAUUAUAAUUGAUGAAGUUUCUCAAUCGUUAGAACCUCAAUGUUGGAUUCCUUUAUUGUUGACUAGCAAUUUUAAAAGAUUGGUCAUUGCUGGUGAUAAUAUGCAAUUACCACCGACUAUUAAAUGUAAGAAAAAUGAGUCCUUUUUGGGAACCACUUUAUUUGACAGGCUAGUCAAACAAUGUGAUGGAGAUAGCUUUAGAAAGUUGUUGAAUGUUCAAUAUAGAAUGAAUCAAAGUAUUAUGGAGUUUCCAAGUAUGCAAUUAUAUGAUAAUAAAUUACUUUGUGAUUCAUCUGUUAAGGAUAUUAGUUUGUUGGAUUUACCAGGAGUAGAAGACAAUGAAACAACAUCAGCAAAGUGUAUUUGGUAUGACACGCAAGGUGGUGAAUUUCCUGAACAAAUAAAUGAAUCGAUUGAAGGGGGUGAUUCCAAAUAUAAUGAGAUGGAAAUAUUGGUAGUUCAAGGACAUUUACAGAAACUUUUGGAUUCUGGUGUCAGACCACAAGAUAUUGGAAUAAUUUCUCCUUAUGCUGCACAAGUGCAAUUAUUGAAAAAGAAAGUAGUUCCAGAAGUUGAAGUGCAUACGGUUGAUGGGUUCCAAGGAAGGGAGAAAGAGGUCAUCAUAUUGUCAUUAGUUCGAUCAAAUGAUGAUCGAGAAAUUGGGUUUUUAAGUGAACAAAGGAGAUUGAAUGUUGCAAUUACUAGACCAAAGAGACAUUUGUGUAUUGUUGGUGAUCUAGAACUUUUGAAUCAAGGUGGUCAAGGUAGUAAUUCUUUCUUGAGAAAGUGGUGUAAAUAUGUUGAAGAUGGUGAAGGAGAAGAACCGUAUGAGAUUGAAUAUCCAAACUUAACUGACUACUUAGAGAACUAA